UUUCAACGUAAAAGAGUUCCAAAAAGAAAGAUGUUGCAAUCACGGCGUCUGUUUUCGAGACCAGUGUUCAGGUUGUUUAGCACCUUAUCGAAAGAUCUACCUUCCACUUCAAGUUGUAAAAGUUGUGCACAAAGACAAAUGUCAGCACUACAUCGAACAGUUCUAUGUAAACUACCCAGGAAGAUGACAGUGUGUACAAGUAAGAGGGGGUAUUGCGUCAACCCUGAAGCCAGAUCCAUUAACCCAACAUUAGAUGCACAGUCCAAAGUUUUCUAUUUUGAUACCCUGGCAUUGGUGAACAAACUCAAGUCCCAAGGCUUUACACAGGAGCAGGCUACAGCUAUUACAGAGUCUUUCAUAGAUGUCCUCAACACAAGUAUCGAACAUCAAACGAAGAACAUGGUCACCAAAGCUCAACAGGAAAUCACUGUCCAGCAGUUAAUGUCGCACAUUGCUUCAGUAAAGAAGGACAUGGUAAUCCUGGAGAAGAGUGAGUUCUCCAUGCUUCGGAGUGAAACAGAGAAACAAACCAUGCAGAUCAAACAGUUCCAGCAGACUUUACAAGACGAGAUGGGGAAACUGAAAAAUAAUGUUGUUCUUGACAUAAAUCUGGAGAAGAGUCGAAGCACUGAAGCUCACGCAGAAAACCGCAAGGAGCUACAAGUUCUCAAUAACAAGAUAGUCAUGGACACUGCUGCUCUGCACACCAAGAUAGAAACAUAUCGUAAUGAUGUUUUCAAAUACGCAGCAGGAGCCGUAGCUGGCACAGCCACCCUGUGUUUGGGAUUUCUGCGACUGUGGAUGUGAGGAAGAAAUAUUAAAAAGCUGAUAGUAGAGUUACAGUGGAUCAGGUGAUUGUGGAUGUGAGGAACUUAACUGGAACAGCAACACUGGUUACUGUGGUUGUGGAUGUAAAGGCAUUAACUAGAACAGCUUCACUCCCCAAUAGGUUACAUUGCAUGUGAUGUGAGGGAGUUCACUGGAACAGCCACACUCCCCCAUAGGUUACAGUGCAUUCAAUGUGAGGGAGUUCACUGGAGCAGCCACACUCCCCCAUAGGUUAGAGUGCAUUUGAUGCAAGGGAGUUCACUGGAACAGCCACAUUCCCCCAUAGGUUACAGUGCAUUUGAUGCAAGGGAGUUCACUGGAACAGCCAUACUCCCCCAUAGGUUACAGUGCAUUUGAUGCAAGGGAUUUCACUGGAACAGCCACACUCCCCCAUAGGUUACAGUGCAUUCAGUGUGAGGGAGUUAACUGGAACAGCCACACUGCCCUAGGUUACAGUGCAUUCAGUGUGAGGGAGUAAACUGGAACAGCCACACUCCCCCAUAGGUUACAGUGCAUUCAGUGUGAGGGAGUUAACUGGAACAGCCACACUCCCCUUUGUUACAGUGCAUUUGAUGUGAAGGCAUUAACUAGAACAGCUUCACUCCCCCAAAGGUUACAUUGCAUGGUGUGAGGGAGUUAAAAUAAUUAUCAAUGUGAUUGUGUGUAUGAGUGAGUUAUCAAGAUCUGCCAUAUUUUGAAUAGAGUUACUGUGAUUUUGAAUGUGAGGGAGUUUAACAAAGACAUGUAAACAGGAUAAGUGAUUGUUGGUGUGAUUACUGUGAAAUACUAUGUGAUUUAUAAGUAUUUCAUAUGUUAACUGUGUGUUAUAUAGAUAAUUGAGAGUGAUAUGUUUUCUGUGAUAUAUACAAUAUGAUAAAAUAGAUUAACAGAUUUUACUAUUUAUUGUAACAAUUUAAUUAUAAGGAUAUGUAGAAAACAAAUGAAAAUUCAUGCUGAAUUAAGCAUAAUAAAAGAUGAAAAAUUAUGCCUGAAAAUUUGGAAUUUUUUAGUUUUGAGGAUGAUUAUGAAACUAGAGGUCUUGGAUGUCUUAGUUAUGUUGGGGAAAACCUGUAAAAACAAUAUCUCCUAAUUCUGAAUUACAAACUAAUUUUUGUUACAAAAUUAAAUUGUGUUCAGUUUUACGUUGAGUUUUAUACGUCGGCCAAACUAGUUAUUAAUGGUGCAUGAUCACAGCACUGUGAUAAAUAAUGUGAACGGGCCUACUGAAGUAUGAAGAAAGUCUGGGUACAUGUUUUAACCUAUAUGACUGCUUAUUGCUCGGUUUUUUCCUGCCGACUAUCAUCCACGUUCUGUUGAGGUAGAAAUAAAAGGUAUAACCACGCGGAGACUCAACAUUAACAUUUCUAAUACAAGCAAGUUUAUCUAUUUUGUUACAAAUGAAACGUGUGCUGUUUUGGGGACUAUAGCUACAAAAUGGCCGACCAGCUUUGCGAUUGAUAGGAACAGUAACGUAGAAGCGAUCAUAAUUAUCAUGAAAUGAAGAAAGUUUAAUGAUCAAUCAACAUUAAAGUAGAUGAAAUACUAUUAUUUUACUAAUUACUCAAAUUACCAUAGCCAUGUCUCAGACAAAUGAUCGACCAUGACAACGGUUACACAUCACGGACGACAUGGUUUACUACCAGGAACUUGCAUCUUGGAUAUUAGUGUAUUUAGUUUAUUUGGUGGAAAUAUUCGCGUGUCAAUAUUUUCGCGUGUUAUUAUCGCGUGUGGAGAUUUAAUAAUUGCGAAAUAAGCGAAAAUUUUCACGCCGCGAUCAUUUCCACUUUUACAGUAAUUUGUUAUUGAUUCUAUUCUGGUUUUGUGUUCAAAUACAUUGUUAUUUUGUAACAUUACUUAUUACCCAUCAUCAUUCAGAAUGUAAUGUUUUUAUACUAAAUAUGACUUUGAUCACCUGGACAUCUGUCAAUCUCGUCAAUAUUCUUCCAGAACGGCAACAGAUCACCUUCAUCUGUUUCAGAAAACCAUGACAGUGCCAAACAAACUGAGAAACUGUCGUCUAAACAUAUAGAAAGCACGUUAUAACUCGUUCUGUCCACCUCUCACCACACUUGGCAAAUGAAGUCGAGAUUGGUAACAAGCUCUGCCCACUCACGGAACGUGUCGCUUGGCAACCAAUUUAAUUUCCCGUAUCAAGCUCCACCCAUCUUUCACCUGAUUGGCUCAAACAUCCAACUGCUGGUGUGUUUUAGUUAGUAGACUAACACACAGGACUAAAACACAGCUAAGCUAACUCGAGGGAUGUAAAAGGUUUAGCCAGUUACCAUAGAGUUAAUAAUUUAGAAGUGUAUUAAACCGGUAUAUAUCCCAGACUAAGUAUGUAUUUACACUUGAUUAUAUAAAAAUGUUCAGACUAAUGUACAUGAAGAUAUAAUAACUACAGGAUAGACAGCUGUCAUGUUCUAUAGCACCAUAAUGUUGCAUCGUCUAUGUAAUGUCAUAGUAUUGUUUUCCUGGCAUAAAAUUGUUAUGAACAGCAAGCCUUGUACUGACCAGUAAAAACUCUUACACUAAGGUUGAGAUAUCCCUGUCCAGGGAACAGACCCAUGUAAAAUUCUAUUAUUCUCUUGUGAUACCUGUUAUAUUUUUUAUUUCCUUAACAAUAAAUUAAUGUUUUGUUUGUUAAAGUAGAGAGUUUAAGGUUGCCUUUCUAGCUCAGACUAGGGGGAAUUUCCCUUUAGCCUAGUGGAAGGAUGUUUUCCUUGAGAGCGAUAGGUUGCUAGAUCAAAGCCCAUCACAGGUAGGGUAUUUUUCAUUACUCCUUCCUAUUACAUGUUGUGAAUAUUUCAAAUUGUUAAGUGCUAUAGCGUUGUGUUCAUGUGUUUGAUUUGAUAUACAUAUGUUGAAAAAGUGAUAAUUUUGUCAUUUAAAAUGCGAACAAAUAUUUCAUUUGAUAAUUUUUGAAAUGUGUGUUGUCAUUAAUCACCUAGCACAAGCUUGUUGAUUAGAGACACACCAGAGCUGGUUAGCUACGAUCUGUGGUUAUGUUAUUGUUGUACACAUAGAUUCAUUUCCUUCUGGAUGAAUGAGGUUGUUGUAGUAAUGGUUUUAUAAUUUCAAUAACAUUUCAGUCUUGUGAGGACACCACAGACAUAAAAUAAACUUGUAAACAAGCAUGUAAUUUUACAGUGUUGCUAUAUGAUAAUGUAUAUAAAUUACAUGUAGUAAUAAUUACAGUACUGAGGAGUAAAUUGUCAGAUUUUUGAGGCAGCCCCCUCCUCUUUAUCAAGACACAAAUAAAUUACAAAUGACCACAAUCUAUGAUUUUACUAGUUGCCCACUUUUUAGGCUGAGAUAUAAGGUUAGUGGAUGUAAACAUUAUUUAUUUUACAACAAUUGCAAAACAAGUUAUAUUAACUUAUAUUAAUCACGCUUGUUGGCCCGGAUUUGAAGCGUGCAUGGGGUCUAACCGUGGGAGAAAACCGGAGUACCGGGGUGGGGGGG